AAGAAGUGCCUCAACUGCAGGGUUUCGUAGACAGUCCUUCAAUAGGACGGCGUCUGUGCUGCAGUCCCGGUGUCCGGUGGUUUCCGAGCCACCAACAUUCCGGUUGCGACGGCGACUGUUGACGCAAAACGAUCGCGUUUUCAAGACUUACCAUUCUCCUCAGAAACCGUAUCUCGAUGUCACCGUUGCAGGUGCCUUUUCUGAAUGAAACAGGCUGCAUUUCUUCCGUUCCUUUUCACAUAAAUCCCCACCCACCAGGACAUGUGCACCGAUCUUGGGCGCUUGAGUCUAUUGAGUGCUCCGGAGAUUCGUGGAGCAGAAAGGGACAAAUUGCUGAAAGACUGUGCCUCUUUUUCAAAGAUACCGGAUCUUUACACGGCGUUUUCGGGGAUUUGAGCUGUUUCCGGCGACACUUCGUCUUGAGCGCAGGCGUUGCCGAAGUACCCUAUGCUGGCGGGCUGGCAUCCAACGACAAAUGCGAGUUGUUUGGUCUCCGUUCCCUGCAAAUUCUUCCUGAAACGACGUACAUUUUUGCAGUGAAGGAUUGCGUCUACAGCAGUUCUGAACUCACGCGACAACGGGGGUCUUGAGACGAUCUGCUGCUUCUUUGGUACUGCAGCGCUAAGUCGCGGAACCGCGCUGACCACACGAAGACCCGGUUUUGCACCUCGUCUGUGAAUUUACCGUUCUUCUGUGUUCCACGAGAGUGGAGAAAAUAGAUGGGUAAAACCUCCGUCGAAGGGUUAUGGAGGGUUCUCAUCAAGCAGGUAUGCUUUAAUGGCAUUUCGUUGCGCGUUCCAGCUUUCGGUUUGUUUCUUCGGCUUGCCCUUACGCAUCGAAUUGCUGGAAACAACUGCAUUUGUCGACCACAACGAAGGAUUGAAGAAGCAAACGACGCGGAAUUUCUGGUCUUUUAACCGUUUAUUGUCUUCUGUAGUUCAUGCCUUCAUUGCACACGCAUAUUAACUUCUAAUACAGUGCCCCCGUUAGUCUGCGUGGGGCUGCUCCGGCUUCUCUCCAACGUUGCCUUGCUUCCGCACAUCCCUCCCUUUUUUUUCAACAUACUCCUUCUUCACCGAACCCUUUCUUCAGCAUAUUCUUUAUCCACCGAACCCUUUCUUCCCGGUGAUUUCCUGAGCGCUGUUUUCUGCCUUGCUGGACGAUCCAUGCUGCGCAUGUGUUUGUUCUGUUCGAGGGAGAAAUCGGGUGUUUCUUCUAAGCUGUAGAACACUGACGUCGAUAUUGAAAAUGUAUGCCGUAUCAGUAGGGGUGGAGGAGCCGGAGGGGGGGAGAAGAGGGUCCCUACGUUCAAGGUCUCCUCCUUCCCCUGCAAGAAGUUCUCGGACUUGCUCGGAUAUGGCGAAAUCGCGGGUGCCCGAUGUACACUACGCUCCUGGAAAGGGUCCGACGCAGGCUCUGCGCGUUGCCUGUGAAAAGGGGCGAAGAAGAAGGCUCAUCAAAUGGGCUUGCAUCAUCUCCUACAUUUCCAUCUUCAUGAGCAUCCUGUUCGGCGUUGCCGCCAUGAUCUGCGGGGUCAUGGGAGAUGUCAUUCUGUCCCUCGUCGCCCUCGCGUUCGAAACGUGGAUCGACAUGCUCUCCUCUGUCGCCGUCAUCUGGCGUUUCCAAGAAGACGAGGCGCUGAACAACGGCCCUUCGGGUCUCGGUCCUCCGCCCCUGUACAAAGCGAACCGUUCUGCCUCUGCACCGUUGGCGAAACGCGAGGACUCGACUGUCUCUACAGCUCUCACAACUAGCAAGGACGCUGGAGGCGAGAAACCGAAGCGGACGGUCUCUGUGUCUUCGUUGGCCACCCCGGGCUCUCCGAAGACAUCGCCGUCGUCUCCGUUGGGUUCUUCUCCUCGCUCAUGCGCCUCUGUACCAUCUCCGGUGAAUCGUCUGGAUGGCGCAUCAUCGCCGUACGAGUGCGUCAGGCCGGACCUGUCUGUAGGCGAGCAGGGGAGUCUCAACAAGCAGGAGAGUCAGACCCCUGCUCAAGAGGCCGCGUGCACCGGUUCGGCUGAGAAAGUGCCUCCGGCCGAGCCUGUGGCUGUGUCGCGGCUCUGCUCAGCGAGUUCUCCCCCGCUGAGCUCCGUCUCUCCAGCGGGGAACUUCGAGGUACAUCCAAACAACCAAACGUCGUCUCCCUUCCCUCAACCCUCUUCUCCUCCUCCUCUCAACCGAAGCGUGUCGUACGCGGCGCGCGAGAGACAGUCGUCUAUGGCUGUCGGGGCUCUCUUCAUUGCUCUCUCUCUGUGGGUGUCGAUACACGCCCUCUGUGACCUCGUUAUUUCUGCCAGACGCGGAGAGACUGGUGCUCAAGGUGGCGAGACUUCGGCGGUGUCUAGCGAGUAUCGCUCCGCCCUCUUCACGUGCAUCCUGUGCUGGCCGAGCGCUCUCAUUUUCGGAACGCUCGCUCUUGUCAAAUUCGAUUUGGCCGCCAGACUCCGAAGUCAAGUUCUGGGGCGAGAUGCAAUGUGCUCAGCUUUCGGCGUCGCGCUGUCUCUCGUCGCUGGGAUUGUCAGUUUCGUAGCACUGGGGCGGGUCCCCCCUGGUAUCCACGAUAAUGCAGCUGCGUAUAAUGUCACAAGCUACGACGCUAUCGCGGCGCUCGUGAUUGGAGGCAUGAUGCUUCUCGAGGGGAUUCGAACAGUCAUGACGAACUGGAAGCCGACGCCACAGGAGCUCUUGAGUUCCAACCAAAUCCUCAUUAUUGCCAGUCCUAGUGCAUACACAGAAUCAUGAACUACCGCUGUCUCCGCAGUAUCUAGAGAGGAACAAUUGGGACGCCUGCCUACGUAGAUGUAGGGUGCCUAUUAACAUGACGGGGAAGAAGAAUGACUGCCACGCCGUGGUGGUGCUCAACUGCGGCAGGGGUGUCUUUCAUUGAAUACGAGUGGAAAAGCUUUUCUGUUUAUCGAAGAGUAAUCCGCGUAAGUAGCCAAGCGGAAAUGCAUGUUUCCUGGAAGGUCAGAGGGGCUAGGCAAAGACGUACAUGCAUGUAUAUGGAAGCCGGGCCUACGUCCGUCUGGGUGUUAGCGUUAUAGUCUGUGCGGCUUCGGUCCAUUGACAGCCGCAGUAGAUAUGUAGAUCCACAGUUCGUAUAUGCGUUACCGGUGGUCUCAGAACCUGUGGAUUAACUGCAGACAAUUGGGGUUACAUCAAGAAAAAGUUUAGGUACACGCUAGUUCGCGUCCGGCGCACCAAACAAUCAAGCGAUAUACCUUUUCAUGCAGACGCGGGAGUAGGAUGCUAGCCUCAUUUAAGAUUUCUGCCCGCAUGGGUGGAGCGACACUUUAAAAAAUCUUGUUCUCGUCGUUUUGAAAGCUGCUGACGAGACUCGAGUCAGCAACAGGGAGGGAUGGGAAGACGGCGCUUGAAUUUUCAUACUGCCUUUGUAGCCUCUCUCAUCCUCUCUUUCGGUAUGCUUUUUUACUGGCGGAGCAUCUCGCCUAUCGGAUUUCCUCACGUGACACGAUUCGCAAACGUUUUUCUGGUUUUAUUCACAUUGAAAUUCUUUUCUACUCCAAAGGCUCGUCUCAUUUUGCGCCAUUUUCCAGUUUGCAGAAUCGUGCACCCUUAUUUUUUUUCGUGGUUCUCUUGUUUCAAGCGAUUAAACGUGGCUGACAUGUGUUCGCCACGCGCUCACAGGCUUGCACACAUAUUUAUCACUUAAAUUUAUUUUCAUGUAUAUAUAUAACCAUGGGACGCGUACAGUUGUUGCCGAUGCGGGUCUCUCUGUGUUUGCAAAGUCAGACAGGAGUUGUCCACAAGGCGUGUGUGAGAGGACAGCGCGUUAUUUUCUUCCUCCCUUUCGGGUACUUUUGGAUAUUCGAGAACCAGACUAGGCUGAGCACGAAUAUCCCUCUGUUUUUUGCCUGUGUUUUGCGGGUCCGUUUCUCCGCCCAGUGCUAUGAAGCCUGGCUAUGAAGAACAUAGUUAGGCGGACCCUUUGGUGGGAGAUACGCUCUACGUCAAUUUUCCUCCUUGUCUGUUUGGGAGGGCCUUACCGUGUAGCAGAGGGUAGAGUGUCGAACGGCUUUGUUCGGUGACAGGUUAGUGACUUGCGGGGGAGAAGAAAGCAAGGAACAUCUAAAUCGUUUUGUUUCAAAGCGUGGCCGACUGGCGCGAUUGUAACUGUUUUCUCUGUGUCACUUUUUAAUCAAGGAUGGGCUUACUGGAACAGCGCUGUUGGCAGAUUCGUGCGCAGGGCGGGAAUAUAACGUCGGAUGGAGCCAGUAACGCUGUUUAUAGGUUGACAGGACUGAACACUGUUCGCUUUUCACAGGUGUCUGCC